AUCACAACAAUGUAUCGGAUAAAUUAUUUUUUUCUUUGUCCGCAUCAAAAAAUUUUUUAUUGCUAUAUUGUUAUCACUCAUAUCUUUACAAAGUACAUUAUUCGAUAGAUAUAAAAUAGAUUAUACAUAUAUAGAGUGCUUAAAAAACUUAUACGUUAUUAGCAUAACAUUAAACAAUUAUCGAGUGUGUCAAUGGAGAAAUAGAAAAAAUUUACUUUCUUCGAUAUGAAUAAUUUUAAAAUAAAAAUAAUAGGGUUUUUUUUAUUAAAUGCCGUGUCUUUGGUUAUUUCCGAUCAGUUGGAGAGUGGGCGAGUGUCCGAAGAACGGAACAAAAUAUUUAGCGAACAUGGCUGCAAAGAAGGAGAAUGUGAAAUUAUUGAUAUAAAAUUACCACGCAGACACAAACGAUCGGUCGACUCAACGAUAUAUCUUCCAAUUAAAGCAUUUGGCCGUGAAAUAAAUUUAAAACUUCGUCAAUCCAAUGGAAUUCUCGUCGGACCAAAUACUCCUGUUUAUUUAGCACACUCUGCCACAAACAUUGAGAAACGAUUAGGAUACUUUAGUUUUAAUAUGCGAUCACAACUUUAUAAAGACGAAGAACAUCUAGCAGCAUUCACAAUAGAUGAUUCCGCGGAUGGGUCACCUCAAAUAAAAUUUGGAUUCAUUGGCUCUGAAAAUUUAGUUAUUGAUCGAUUACAUCAGAAUUCUAAUAGUUCUGAAGAUGAUAAUCCUUAUUUAGCUAGAUGUUCACUUCAAGAAAUCUAUGAUGGAAUUUCAUGGCUACUUGGCAUUGGAAGUGGUAAAUCACAUCCACAAAGACCGAAUAUACCGAUCCCCGAUAUAAUUUAUCCGGAAAUAUUAGUGAUCGUCGAUCAUUCUAUUUACAGUCGUUACAAGGAUCAAAGUAUAUUUAAGUAUAUUUUACAAUUUUGGAGCGGAGUUGAUUCAAUAUAUCGCCAAUUAAAAAAUCCUCAAUACAAAUUGAGUAUCGCUGGUGUUGUCAUUGCUCAGAAUGAAAAUACCUUGCCAUUUUUGAAUCCAUCAUCAGCAUUGUUUUCAGGAGAACGAUUAAUAAGCUAUAACUCGGCAUUAUCGGGAAUGACCUCAUGGUUAAAAAAAGCAAAAUCUUCGAUUCCUUAUAGUAGUUAUGACGCUCAUAUUAUCAUGGCCCCGUAUACCGAUGGUGUUAUUGCGAGAAGUAUGACUAUUGGACUCGCAGCCAGGCCAAGUGCUUGCUCUGCUGCAAUAUUUGAGAAACCACUAGGAGGAAUCAUUUAUGAGCCUUAUAAUUUCAAUGGUAUUGUUACCGGUGCGCAUGAGCUCGGCCAUAUAUUGGGCGCCGAUGAUGAUGAUCAGGGUAAGUGUGGUUACAAUAACGUAAUGGCACCUGCAAAAAACGAGUUACAAAGGACGACUUGGUCACAGUGUUCGAUAAAUGAUUUCCAUGUAACUCUUCAGACAUAUGAUUUUUCGUGCAUGUACAAUGAGCCUGAUCUGGGGUACAAUAAUUUUGAAAAUAAUUAUUUAUUAAGUGACAAUGAACCUCUUCAUUAUAAUCAUAAUAAUAAUAAUCUAAGACCAGAAGAGUUUCACGUAGAGAUAGAUAAUGGUGAUAAAUUGGAAGUUAGUUUCAAUGACUUUUUACCUUACAGACAAAUUAAGAUCUUUUAUAGGAAAAAUAAAUUAACAGUAACCCAACGAAAUACGGGCAAAGAAACGAUUUAUUCAAGUAAUAAUAGAAAAAAUUUUAAAAAAUGUGUUCUCGAUAACCUGAACGUGACAAUAAAUCCGUCUAAAAUAAAUUCAUCUGAAGUAAUAAGUAUUUACCAUGAAAAAAAUAGAAUUUAUGUUUACCAGGGCAGUAAACCUGAAUGUUAUAGGGUUGAUGAACGUCGCAUACCCGAUGUACCUAAAAAUAAUGUGGAUAAUAAACCCGAUCUACACUUGUCGGUAGAAGAUGAUGAUAUAAUUUAUGUACAAAAAGCAGAUUUCAACGUUAACAAGUUGGUAGGGAUAUAUUAUCGUGAUAAUAAAUUAUUUAUAUCCCAACGUGAUUCACCGAAAAAUUUUAAUUCUUAUGAUGAGACUGUAGCAAUUGACUUGCAAUAUGUCGGGUCUGAUAAAACUAAAAUUUUUCUUGAUCCGAAGAAAAUAGAUCCUAAGAAAGAAAUUUGUAUGCAACAUGAUGAUAAUUCUAUUUAUAUUUAUCAAGAUAGAAAACCUGAUUUAAGUUUACGUGAAAAUAAACCUGACGAAAUUAAAUAUUUGCCCGAAGGUUUGAGUCCCAAUGUCGGGGAGAGAAAACCUACAGCUAAAAAUAUUAAUGACUCGUUUGCUUCUGAUAUUAUUAAUGAUAAUAAUAGAAUACCUGUGCCUGAAAUCACUAACAAAAUGCCUCAAUCUGAUGAAGAGAAAUCUAAACCUGUUAUAGACAUUACUUUUGAUUCUGGAGAAACGCUUAGCAUAGGACCAUCUGAAUUCGAUGAAAGAAAGCUAUUUUUUAUACUAUUUGAAAAUAAUCUGAUGAAAGUUACACAAAUAGGUGCACCUAGAGAACCUUAUUCGUAUGGAAGGAAUCUUGAUGAGUUAAGUACAAUAACAUCUGAUAAAUAUAAAUUGUUAGCACAUCCAACUGCAUUCUCGUCACAAGUUGAACUAAAAGUACGACAUGAAAAUGGUAAAAUAUAUUUUUGGAUUGGAAUUGAUGAGUUACCGAGUGUUAAUAUAGAAUCGCCUAAUGCUGUUGAGGCUGUGGAAAAAGAAAGUGUAAUUUGGGAAGUUCAAAAGAACAUGCUUUUGAUACCUGAAAUUUUUGAAAGUGGAAAAAUACAUGUUUUAUAUCCAAGAGUAUUUAACAAAUUGAAAUUGGUAUCAAUAGCACUUGAUGACAAUCAUAAACUUAAAAUAACACAAAAAGGUACACCUCUUGAAGACAGAACGUAUAUACCAAGGAAAUACAAUAAUUUUGAAAUUAAGACAUCGGAUAGAAAUACAUUGUUACUACAUCCAAAAAAAGUUAACCCUUAUAAAUAUCUUCAUAUAAAACAUGACAAUGGAUUAAUAUACGUUUCGUCCGGUACUCUCGAACAUCCAUUCGAUAAUACUAAUGUAUCUGAAAUUAUUGAAGUUAUUGAACCGAAUCCUAAAGUAUAUGCUGCACCUGGUCCUAUUGACAAGACACCUAAACUCGGAGAUAGGCCAUCAGCGCCAAAAUUUACUGGACCUGACCCUGGUUACAAACAACCUAUCCACAAUAACGGGCCAUCAAUGCCUGAAUCUAAGCAACCAGUGCCGGAAUAUAGGGCACCUGAAUCUGGUCACAGACAACCUGUCUACAAUAAUGGGUCACUAGCUUCUGGAUAUACGGGACCUGACCCUGGUUACAAACAACCUAUCCACAAUAACGGGUCAUCAGUGCCUGAAUCUAAGCAGUCAGUGCCUGAAUAUAAAGAAUUUCAACCAAAUCACACGACGUCUAAUUCUUAUGAUGAAAAACCAAAACCCGAUCACAAACCAAGUAAACUUAAUGAUCCAACAAUACAAGAUUUCAGUAAAUUCAUUGAUGAUUCAUUGCCUGGAGUACUAACUUCAAAUAUGUUUAAUCCAAAAAAAUUGGUCGUAAUUUCCCAUAAAAAACAUAAAAUAUAUGUUUAUCAAACUGACCGAGAUGAUGAUGACGAUGAAGAUGACGAUGAGGAUAAUUCAGGCUACAUCGAUCUACAUUACUCGAUACCUAAAAGAGGGACCAUAACAUUUGAUCCUCGUAAAAUAAAUCCUAAUAAAAUGAUAAUCAUUAACUACAUAAAUAAGAAAAUUCAUGUAAAUACUGUUGAACUGUAGGAGGAAAUUGUUAAAAAUACUUUGUUAUCAACGAAACUUAAUAUUAUCACUUACUUCAUAGAUAAAUAAAAAUUAUUAAUGAAUAGUAAUGUGUUGCUCAUAAUGUAUGUUAAUAGCGCAUGCGUACAUUCUAAUAACAAACUUGUCAUCUGAUGUCGUAGUAUGUCUUAGUACGUCAUGAAUUCAAUAAACUGAUAAAAAUAAUAUUAA